AUGUGCCUGGCGCCGGUGUGUGUGGGGGUGCAGUGCCCCUCCACGUCUCGCUGCACGGCCACCAAAGACGGCAUCCCCUUCUGCGCCUGCCCUGCUUGCUCCUCCCUCGUCAACGCCACCUGCACUCAAGGGGCCAGCACCACGGUGGCAUCGAGCGUGGUGCUCUACAACGCGCCCAACUACACCAACUCACCCGCCUCCCUCGCGCCCGUCGUGCUCCGAGCCCCAACGCCCGACGCGGGGUGCGUCAACGUGCCGGCACCCUUGGCAGGGGCGGUGGGGUCGAUCAAGAUCCUGUGGGACGUGCCGGACGGGGCGGCAGGGGUGCGGCAGAGGUGGACUUGUGCUCGAUCGUCACCUGCCCUGCCAACUGCACCUGCUCCUCUUCCGCUGGCAUUGCCAGGUGCUCCUGCCCAGGUGAUUGCAACACAGCCGAGUGCUCUUGCUCAGGUGAUGAUAACAGUGCCGGGUGCUACUGCUCAGUGUCCGGACGUGUCCACGUGUGUGGUGCAGGUGGGUACAGCGGUGUGCCAGUGCCCCGCACCAUUCGCACGUCUCAUUGACAACGUGUGCUCCUCGGCCGACCUCCCUUACUCCGACUACCUCGAUGUUCACAACCACGCCCGCGCUGCUGUGGGGGCCGUGCCACUCGUGUGGGACGACGCAUUGGCGGUGAGGGCGCAGGCGUGGGCAACCGCGCUGACCAACACGUCGUACAACUGCACGCUCGUGCACGGCGGACAUACCGGCGAGGGGCAGAACCUUGCAGGCGCCAGCCCUGCGGGGGUCAAGACGAAUGGAGCAGCGGCACAGCUGUGGGUGGACGAGGGCCAGUGGUACUCCGUCGCUGUUUUCCCUGAUGGCUGUGCGGGCGGCAACUGGGCCAAGUGUGGGCACUACACGCAGGUCAUUUGGAACGGCACACGCACAGUGGGGUGUGGCAAGGCGUCGUGUGGCACGAGUGCGGACGUGUGGGCGUGCCACUACUACCCGCCGGGGAACUGGGUUGGCGAACUGCCCUACGGUGAGCACGGUGCUCCACAGGGCUGUCAACGCACUGACCGUGCUCACCUAGGCACACACGCCUUUCAUUUGGCCACCACCUGCCCUGCAGUGGGUGCGCCAGUGGGUGCACCCGUUAGUGCGCCUGUUAGUGCGCUGAUGGGUGGGGCGGUGGGUGGGGCGGUGGGUGGGGCGGUGGGUGGGGCGGUGGGUGGGCUGGUGGGUGCUGGGCUGCAUGCAUGGCGAGUCUGA